CCCUUUGAAGUGCAGUUUGUGGCUGGAGCUGAAGCUGCCCUCGGAGUCUGUUCUUCUGAUAAUUCACCACGGGUUUUUUCCCCUUCUUAACCUGGGAUAAGCUAAAGCUCCCACCCCCACCCGCCGCCACCUUGAACUGGAAAAAAAAAUCAUGAUUGACUUUGAGGAGGCAGACUUCAUUUUGGAAAAUCAGAAAAGAAAAAGAAAAAAAGAUCUCAAAAAAGACAAAAAACCCAAAACCAACAUGACUGUGAAACCACAAGAGAGCAUCCAGAAGAAAAAGAAAAACUCCCAGCUCAAAGAAGAAAAGAAGGAAAGGAAACAAAAGAAAAAGGAAAAGAAGAAAGAAAGGCAAAGAAGGAGACUGGCCUUAGAGCUAGGCAGCAGUGCUGUAUUUAAACAGUGCGGUAGUGCCCAGGAAAAACCUUUUGAGAAGCCUGAAGCAUCAAAGCCGCAACAAAAUGAAAAGCUGAAGCCUGAUCGUCUGACUCAAGACUCCAAAAAGAAAUGCAAAAGAAAAAAAAAAGUGGUGUUUGAUGUGUCACCCUGUUACAUCCGUGUCAAACGGCCUAAAUUUGCGUCAUCCUCCACCAAAGAGGAGGAGGCUGUGAAAGGCGCUGAGAGCUGUUCACAGGACGCAGUGACGGGGAACAGCCGCGAUCAGGACUCUCAGGGCACCAGUGAUGACAUCAACAGCCAGGACUUGUUUAUUACCCAGAAGACUUUCAGAACAUCGCUCUCCGAACCCUCCAGCGGGGAAGUCAAUGACGGAGCCCUUAUGCUAUCUCCUCAGGUGCGAACACAGCAAGGCGAGUGCCAACAGCUUAAACGAUUUCAUGAAGAAUCAGAAAAACGGCCACAUGACUCACAGCCUCAUCAGCUCUUUGUGCAGCCAAACCCAGAAGAACCUGAAGAAGGUAAAGGACAUCAUAAGAUACAUGAGCAGAGAAAAAAGUCCCUUCUGAAACAAGAAAACACAAACUUAUCUGGAGAGCAAAGAGUCUCACGUUCAGUGCAUUUAAAGCUCAGUGAGGGGCAUCCUUUCCUGGAGGAGCCAAUCAUUGUCGACUCCUCCCUGGAUCUUGGAGAGCGUUCCCCUUCAUGCCUGCCACAUAUUAAUAAGUCAUUACUUCCUGCCAGGUCCACAGUGAGCUCUUCCACACAGACAGAAAACUUCUUCACCACUGAGCUCUCCUCCUACCUCAGCUUCUGCCAGAAAAGUAGACCAGCUGUUUGUUUCGAUGACGUGAAACCUUUAGACCUGAGCCUUCCACACAGGGUGAGAAAAGACCACAGGAGCUGUUUGUCAGUAAUGGAGGUCAACCGUGAAGGAGAAGGAGGCAUGGGUCCAUCUGGGUCUUCCCUUGUGAAAGAAAAUCAGGUGCUUUUGGGUCGAGGAGAAACAACUCCCAGUCCGCAGUUGUCAGAAUCUGAUCAAAAGUCUGCUGAUACAACGACAUCGAGCGAGGACAGCGAGCAGCCGUGCCGCGCUGGCAAGCUGGACCUGAUUCAGGUCAGAGCGGUCCAGAUGAAACUCAACGAAUCCUUCUUUUUCAAACCCAAAGGAGAGGGACGGUCACCCAGGCCUGAGUCACCGCUGAUGAAACUCUCUCAGGGCAGAGACACUAAAAGGAGGAAGAGUCGCUGAGGUCACAGGGUUUUAAUAUAGGCUGCUAUUAGCCCUGUUGGCUGACGUCAACAAAUAAGAUGUGACGUUUGUGUUGACGUUAGUGGCCAAUAUUUAUCUGUUCAGUCAUAUCAAUUUCGUGCUGACUAAAUGUUCAGAAUUUCAUCUGAAAGCCUUUAAAAACUUUUAUAUAAGAUUAAAUGAAAUCGUUACUGCCACACGAACAAACAAAGAAGACUUAAAAAAAAUUUAUUUAACACAUUAAUAUGGACCUAGAACUUCACAAUUGGAGCACGCUUAAACUUUCCUAGCAGACACCAUCUAACGUCUGGAAAACUGUUCAAUUUUAUGAGCUUCAGCUGAGAAGCAGCGUGUGUCAAGUGUCGAGCAUUCCUGCUGAAACUCAGCCUGUGCCUGAGGGUCUUUAAGUAGAAGGACAGUGACAUUAACACUCAGUGAGCUCAGGUAUUUUAUUAUACAUGCUGUAAAGUUCUGAUCUACAUUAUAUGGACAACAGUAUUGGGCCACACGCCUCAGUUCAGGUGUUUUCGGUCCCAUUAUCAUAAGGUUAAAACAUCAUACGCCCAGAUGUGCAGUCUGCCUUUACAAGUAUGAACAUGGUCCUCCAACAUCAGCACAAACACUGUGUGCUGGGAGCUUCAUGGCUGAGCAGCUCCUGUACGUGUAACGUGUAGCUGUACGUUUAUCCAAAUACUAUAUGUUAGGAACAUGAACAGAAGAAACAUGCUUGCAUUAAAAGAAAAAUAAACUUCUGGGAUAGAAAUUACUGAUUACUGUCUUUUGACCUGUUCUUCUAAAGUUUUUAGUAUUCUGUCAUGUUUUUU